AUGUGCAUUGAUUACCGCAAACUGAAUGCUGCAACUCGUAAAGAUCAUUUUCCUCUCCCGUUUAUUGAUCAGAUGCUUGAGAGAUUGGCUAACCAUCCAUACUACUACUUUUUAGAUGGUUACUCAGGUUUCUUUCAGAUCCCCAUCCACCCAGACGACCAGGAGAAGACGACAUUCACAUGUCCAUAUGGCACUUAUGCUUAUCGCAGAAUGCCGUUUGGACUGUGCAAUGCACCGGCCACGUUCCAGCGCUGCAUGAUGUCCAUUUUCACUGACCUUAUUGAGGACAUAAUGGAAGUUUUCAUGGACGACUUUUCUGUCUAUGGAAGCUCUUUUGCUGUGUGUUUGUCUAAUCUGUGCAGGGUAUUGCAGCGGUGUGAGGAGAGACAUCUUGUGCUGAACUGGGAGAAAUGCCACUUCAUGGUGAGAGAUGGGAUCGUGCUGGGACAUAGGAUUUCAGAGAAGGGAAUCAAGGUUGACAGAGCGAAGAUCGAGGUGAUGAUGAGUCUGCAGCCGCCUAAUUCUGUCAAGGGAAUCCGCAGUUUUCUGGGGACAUGCAGGGUUCUACAGGCGUUUCAUCAAGGACUUCUCCAAGAUCACCAGACCUUUGACGCACUGUUGUGUAAGGAGGUCAAGUUCGACUUUGACAGUGCAUGCUUUGGAGGCCUUUCACACGAUCAAGGGAGCUCUAGUGAGUGCUCCAAUUGUCCAACCUCCAGACUGGAACCUUCCUUUCGAGUCGCACACUUGAUGAAGCUCAGUGCAAGUACGCUACGACUGAGAAAGAACUGCGGUGUGUUCUUUGCAUUUGAGAAGUUUCGGUCCUAUCUUGUUGGAUCGAAGGUGAUUGUCCAUACUGAUCACGCUGCCUUGAAGUACUUGCUGACGAAGAAGGAUGCGAAGCCGAGACUCUUGAGAUGGAUUCUUUUGCUUCAGGAGUUCGAUCUGGAGAUCAAGGAUAAGAAAGGGAUUGACAAUGGUGUAGCUGAUCAUCUGUCAAGGAUGAAGAUCGAUGAUGACGUCCCUCUAGACGACAACCUACCUGAUGAGCACGUCUACGCAGUUGAGGUGAUCGAUUAUGGCGAGCCCCUGCUCGCAGAUGAUGGAGUUCGAUCGAGCGCAAAUGAAGAGAUCGAUCGAACGGAGGAUGACGGAGAUCGUACUAUGUGCUGCAACCGUUGA